AUGAAACUUGCCACAAGGCGGCAAUCGUCAGCAAGCAAGAGCUUUGUUUUCAAACACUUUUAAUGUAAAAUGUGUGAAACAGAUUUUUCAUCGGGUCUCAAAGAGCGCAUACAGUGUUUACAGGAGCUCACAGAAUUCACUGAAAGUUGUCAGGCAGAACUGGGGGAUUUGUUUGAGGCGUUGGGAUGGAAUCAGGAAGUAGACACACUUGCAGUGCAGGUAGAGAAACAAUGCAGAAAAGCAUAUCAAACGGAGGAUAUUACAGUGCAUGAGUUUGCAAUCCUUUUAACCAAAGCAACAAACGUCAGUCUUGAGAUGGAGGUGUGUCCAAACAAUCCAAACCACACAGUACCACAGGACAGGAUGGAGAAACACAAAGCUGCCUGUCUUCUCAGCCAACUGGCAUACUCGAAAGAGGAGCAGGCUGAAAUGUGUGAUCCUUCAGUAUACUACGAGAAAGCCAACAUUCCUACCAUAAUUAUGGAUAAAGAUAGACAGCAACAAGUCAUCCUGCAGGCCCGGGCCAAUGCUACUCCCAUGAGAUCUACAGGACACUAUGCACAGAGUGAUUUCUCUGCAGAUCCUCCUGAUGUACCUCAGAAUCAUAAACGAGCAUUAUGUGACCUCACGGUGGCCGACCGAUUGGCCCUUUAUGAUCAUGUGGUACAAGAGGCCAGUCAUCAGAGUACACGGAGCGAGUACAGAAAUGAGGAUCUUUAUGUAGAUCUUGUUGCUAAGCUUAAAAAAGAGGAACAAAGUGGGCCAAAGUCUCACCUGGAGGUCUUGGCUGAGAUGAGAGACUACAGGAGGCGCCGGCAGUCUUACAGAGCAAAAAAUGUUCACAUCACCAAGAAGUCUUACACAGAGGUAAUUCGAGAGGUGAUUGACGUGCACUCUGGAGAACUUGCCAGGGUAUGGCAGGAAGAGGGUGAUGAGGAGUCCAAAGCCUCACAGCAGUCAUCUCACAGAGUGGCAUCUGAGGAACGACGUUCUGCAUCUGUUGAGUCACAUAAAUCUCGUAUCAGCUCCCGAGAUGAGCAUGGGCGCAAACGGCACCGCAAACGCAGCCGCAGUCGCAAGCGCAGUCGAGAUAACAGCCGAGAGAAAACCAAGAGUAGGAGGGAUUCACACUCUCCAGAUGCGGAGAGACAUCAUAAGAAAAAAAAGAAGAAACAUAAAUCUUGAAAUAUGUUUAUUUAAACAGAUCAGGAAUGUUUUGACUUUUAGAAAUGCUGAGCAUGAUUUUUAUUUAAGGUUUCAAUAUGGCCCAUUUCUUUAAUUUUUGGCUUCUUGGCCUAUUGUCAGAAUUUGUUUAGUAUUAAUUUGCUACUAUAAUGUGAAUAAAUAAUAAAAAAAAAAGUUUUAGCA